AUACACUUCUUCAUACUUUUUGUCUACUCAUUAACAGUUUGAAAAUAAGAUACAUCAUUGCUUAAGAAUACUCUCAUACUCACUAAGUAUGUAUAAUAUAUAUACAUGUUUUCAUUUGUUUUCACAUUGAAUUCAGUGGAAUUUUAAAUAUUAUACCACAAAACGGGAAAAGAUGAGCAAACCCAACAUCUGUUGAGUUAGAACACGUUGGUGUUACUUGAACAGUGUCUACUGUAUUUCAACAGUACACAGCUGAUCUUUACAUUUAAUGAGAUGUGCAUGAAGCAUUGUACAAAGUCCAUGAAAUUAUUUUCCGUUUUUUAUUUAUUAGGAUUUAUAUUACUAUUUUGUUCCAAGCCAUUUGUAUCUUAAGAGAUUCACCUUCUUGCUUUAACCACUGUAUACAUUUUCUUUAAGCGAGAGAUGGGGAAUAAAAUGUGCACACGUUAGUGUGUCUUUAUUUGAAAUAUCGUGUCAUGCAGCAAGGCGGGUUAUGACAAACAAACCAGCUCAAAUCAAUGCCGCUUAUCGAUAAAAUCCAUCAGGAUCACAUUCUGUAUUUGUGUUGGUGGCUUUCAGUAACAGGGAUUUUUACAAUGAUGGGAUUUUAAAUUCAGUCUUUUUUUCCAAAAUCUGUUUAAAAAGGGAAGGAUAGUUAUUACCAAUAAUCCAAAACUAACUAAACUAAGAUCGUGAUGAAUUGAAUACUCAAAAUCACAUGGUCGCAGAUUCUCUGAAUACUUGAAACACAUUUUUAUGGAGUCUACAUACAAUCCUCCACACUGUAUUGUACUCGCGGGUGUUACCGUAUGCAGAAGAUGUGAUUGAUUCUACGAACUGUUGCUUCAUAAUGACAUGUUCACAUUUAUAUUCAGCUGCCAUUGUAAUUAAAGCAAACCAAGUUUAAAGGCCCAACUAGCAGCAAAGAAAACAUAUUUAAUGGUCUGUCUGUGUCUAUCCGACACGUUAGUUCAAAGCAACAUGUCACAAUGUCACAUAUGAAACGAUUGUCGAGAGUCAGAACCCCAAAGAAUGUGUCCUGAUGUUGGAGGUGAACCCAUGACCUCUCCUAUAGUGCCACCACCAGGCCAAAGUUCCCAUGUGAACCAUGGUGUGGACACAUUUUAGAGCACUUUACAGUCUUUGCUCACACUGACUAUUUUAACCUAGCAGGCAGCUUAGAAAUACAUUUUCCUGAAGAGUUGGUGGUUCAACAGGAUGAAUCCUUUUUUGGUUUGAACUACUCUUUCUUCUAGUCCAACAUUGUAGACAUACAUGUGUUUUAAACGGACUGCUUUUAGGCCACUCUUUGUCUAAAACCUGUGAUCAUACAGUACAAUUAACAUUACAGCUUCCAGCUGCUGCUGGCAGGUCUUUUGUUUAAGUUACUUUUCUUUUAUUUUGGAGAAGGCCACCUAUUUUGCUGGAUUGAUUUGAUGGUUUGUUGAAAUAAUCCGUGUAGGCCAUUGAUUUGUAUUGGUUUGUUGUGAUAUUUCAUACAUAAACGGUUAAUCCACCUUGCAUCCAUGGGGGCAUCACCACUGUAUGUAUAUAUGUAUGUGGCUAUGAACAACAUGCUUGUUUUGUUGUGCGACUCUUGAAAAAGGAGCUACACAAACCCACUUUCUAAAUUUUGUAAAUCCAGCAGAAUCAGUUGGAAUCACUGACCGAUACACACCCUCAGGUCCUGCUAGUUGUCCUACGUCAACUCGUCCAUCCAUUCAUUCCCCCAUGGAGAGACUCAUCAACCGGCAGCCAUCAGUGCAACAGUCCUUGGAAUAUCUUCAGUACCGUAGGGUCAGGUAUAUACAGUGUAUUGAUCAGAUCAAAUGAUAAGUUACACUUAUUUUAGUCAAACACAGUAAGCUUGCCUGUUGCGAUUAUUUUUUUACUUUUAUGCAUUCCAAAGAAACGCCAUUAAGUUUAUCAUCAAAACAAUUUCAAAAUAAAAGUUAGUUUUGGACUAUUUCUGAACGCAAGCAUCUUUCAGUUUACAUUUUGCUAAAUCAGCAAUGUAAUCCCCAGAAUACAGGAAAAAGGAAGACAUGAAUAUGUUUGUUGUUUUUUUAGCCUCAGGGUAAAGCUAGAUAGUCACUAGGUUUCCAUGAUUAAUACCACGGUACUAUGGAAGAUGGUGUUACACUGAACCCUGAGAGACAUUCGCUUCAUCUUCAGCCCCCAUGCUCAUGUACGCAGCUCGUCAGUCAUUGCACAUCAUUAAGCCACAAUCCACCCUGACCUGAGUCAGAGCAGCAUCUCACCGGCCUCUUUGCCAGUCUGAGUCCACGUCAAUGGCGAGAAAAGACUGGCAGAAAUGGAGGGAUUCGGACGGGGGACGGGACGCAGUCAGAACCUUUGCAACGAUUUUUUUUCCUGAAAUUUAUGUCUUGGUCACAAAGGAGCGAAAAGGUUUGAGGGGCCUUGUUGAAAAAACACGAGAGGGAAGGUCUGUUUCAUAUUUUCUGCAACAAAAUCUUUUAGGAAAUGAUAUUAGGUCAUACUUUACAUAAAGCCAAUGGAUGUACCAUAGUUUUUAUAGUAUCUAAAUUAUCAAACUUCCAUCCCAGCAGCACUUCUUAUGUUCACAUGGUAAAGUGGGAACAUGGUAAGUGGUUGUAAUUACAUGUUUUCAGCAAUUAGCCUUUAUUUUAAUAACAUGAAUUUUUAGUGCAGCGGGGUACUUUCCUUUCAUGUAAAGUAUGAUUUAAGCUCAUGCAACCUAAUACAAAGUAAGUAAACAGCAGCAAACUGGCUCUAGAUAUAAGUGUUGUGGUCAUAUUCAGUAUAAUCUCUUUUAAAUGGUAAAAGUGUAACCCUACGUGCAUGCAACACUUUUCAAUAUAAGACAUUUUUGAAUCACCAGAGGCAGUCAAGAAUUCAAAAGAAAAACCAGACGGAUAGACUGUGGUGCUUUAUGUUUAAAAACAUCUUUGUCUUUUUGUCUCAGCACAUUUUGUCAGAUUGUCUUUGUUUGCCGUCUAUUUAAGCCUCAUUUCUGUUGUAUCUUAAAAUAUGGCACUUGCCUUAGAAAGGAAUUGUGGUAUUCAAGUUCUUUUUUGUGUGUAAUUUUCCCAUAGUAGUGGAGUGGCUAAUUUGGUAGUUGAUUAUAAAAAAUAUCUUUGUGUCUUCUAAGUCUUUGUCUGUACACAAAAAUGUUUUGCCCUAUACUAUAUAUAAAUUACAAUGUGCAUCUCUCAAGAGACACACUGUACUGGUUAUAAAACAAGAUUAAUACUUACAUUUAGAAUAUGUUAUCAUAUAAUAUUCAAAGACCAGACAAUAGGAAUUAUAUCGCCAGUUAAAACCGUUAUUUGGAACAGUUGUUUUUGUUAAACUUUGAAAAUUCAGGAUCUAAGUUUUUAAGUUGAGUUUCAUAUUUAUGUUUUCAACAAUGUCGGCUGUGUCUUAUAUGUCUAGUAAGAUAAUGUCUAGCUGUCUGUUUUGCGAUAUAGAUGAUGCAUGUUAUCCCGUGAGUGAUUUGUAUGGAUUGAUCCUGACAGAUAAAUAGUCAACACAUGAGGGCACUGCAGAUGGGCAAAAUUCUUAAAAACUAUGUUAUACAUUGAUUUUGUUAAAGACUAUGAAGCUGAUUCCAUUUUGUUCUUCCAAUUUGGCCCAUUUUGGACUUUCUCUUACUUUAAUUGAGCUUUAUUGUUGGUGGUGUUAAUGCCGAAAGGCGUUUUUUGCUGUUAGCUACUACAGAUAGAAAAAGGGAAUAACUGCAUCUAAAUUCCCCUGAUAGUAAAGUUUGUUUUCACUUCAACAAGGUGGGGGCAGCUCCUGGGGAAAUGUUGCCCAUGAGCAAUGCUCAUCAAGUUGCAAGUUUUAUCUGCAUUUAGAGACAGAAACACAGCAGCUGCAUGAUCAUGGCCCGUUGCCCAGAACAUUUCUCUUUUUUUCUACACGUGGUGAAGCGGUGACUAAGAGUUUGUUACUGCAAAAGUAACUCACCCAUAUGAAUUGAUUAUAAGCCAAAUACACACUCGUGUGACCCAUUUCUAACAGUGUAAACUAAACGGAUCUGUGUUUCUCUCUCUUCCUGACUGUUUACUGACUGAUUGUUAGGCUUUAAGCAUGCGGUGCAAAUGUCGUACUAUACCUUAGACCCUUGGCGUUAGUUAUGGUAGGUAAGGAAAGAUUCCCUGUAGGUCUGCAUGGGAUUGCUGGUACUCUCUAACUGGUGUGGCUUGCUCCUUGCAGGGAUUCAGUUUCGUCUCCCUUCUUCCUGCAGUGUGGACCGCGCUCAGCCACCUUCAGCGGUAUCAUAUCCCCCCAGCUACAAGAAGACUCCACCUCCUGUGCCGCCGCGUAGCACCACCAAGCCCCUCAUAUCCGUGACGGCCCAGAGCAGCACAGAAUCCACGCAGGACGCCUACCAGGAGGGCAGGCACCCGCGGGGCGGCCUCUGGACCACGGACAGCCUCGGCCGCCCCAUCUACAGCUCGGCGGACAGCCUGGACAGCACCAAGGCCGUCACCGCGGCCAUGGAGUCGGCCGCCGGAAAGAGGCACGCGGCCUCGGGCAGCCACACCUCGGUCCAGACGUGCGACAAGGCGGUGCUGGUGUCCAAGGCGGAGGAGUACCUCAAGACCCCGCGCUCUUCCAUCGGGAUACAGGUGGAAUCGGUGACGGACUCGGAGUCAGAAAGCAAAGGCCUUCCUCAGUUCCACUCCAUAGGAAUCCAGGUGGAGGACCACAAACGCCACGGGAGGUUCAAGCGCUCCAACAGUGUGACCACAGCAGUGCAGGCCGACAUGGAGCUGGAGGGCUUCCCCUCCAUGGAGGACAAAGGCCUGCAGUUCGGCGGCGGCUUCGGUCGCCACUCUGAGCCCAGCACGCCCACGCAGUACGGCGCCAUCCGCACGGUGCGCACCCAGGGCCUGUUCAGCUACAGGGAGGACUACCGGCCCUCCAGCGGGCCCCCCAGCCCGCAGCCCGAACCCUGGCUCGCCGAGCCCAGCCUGGAGGGCGCGGAGAGCGGCAGAGUGUCCCCGCUCCGCCGGGACGGCAGCUGGUUCAUGCAGCUCCUUCACAACGAGACCAAGCGGCUGGAGGGGUGGUGCAAAGAGAUGGAGAGGGAGGCCGAGGAGCACGAUCUGACAGAGGAGAGUGAGUGUCCCGGGGGAAACAACAGUCUUGUCAAAUCGGGAGCUGCUUUAGAUGUCGCAGUCCUGGGAAAAAUCCGGAGCGCAGUGGGAAGUGCUCAGCUACUGAUGUCUCAAAAGUUUCAGCAGUUUUACUGGCUAUGUCAGCAGAAUCUGGACCCCAGUGCCAUGCCCAGACCCACAUCUCAGGACCUGGCGGGAUUUUGGGACCUCCUGCAGCUUUCCAUUGAUGACGUCACUGCCAAGUUUGAUGAACUGCAGCAGAUCAAGAGCAACCAUUGGCAGCUGGUGGAGAGCCCAGAUAAGAAGGAGCGAAAGUGGCCACCACCUCUGGCAAAGCGGCCGUCCAAGGGGCGCGGCGUGACGCGAGAGCGCUCCCUGGACCUUCAGGACCGCCAGCGCCAGGAGGCCCGCCGACGCCUCAUGGCCGCCAAGCGGGCGGCUUCCUUCAGACAGAACUCGGUCACAGAGAGGGCGGACAGCAUCGAGAUCUACAUCCCCGAAGCCCAGACGCGGCUUUGAGGUCCACCGGGGGGAUUCAUCCUUAGGCAUCCAAUCAAAAAAACCAGCUCGUCACGACCAGCUCGCCGCCACAGUCUGUCAUCACCCCCCCCCCCCCCGUUCUCCCGUCAACUCUCACCGUCCCCCGCUGGAGCUACACUAGGCAAGAUUGCAGUUGUUGUCGUCUUUUUUUCCUUCUUUUUUUCGUCAGCUUAAGCGACGACGUGGGGAAGAAAGGCCCAAAUCCCAGCCAGAGGAUUCAGGUGUGGACGGUUGUUUUGGGGUAGAGCGUGUCCCGGAUCAGCCGGUUGAACAGAGGUUGCCUAGUGUAGCUAUAAACCACUCAAGAAUGAGCUGCCAUGUUCCAAAAUGAUCCCCCCCCCCCAAAAAAAAAAUAAGUUCUUUAUUUGGUCACAACUAUUACUGUUAGAACUUGCGGUGUCGUUGCCAUCCCCCCACUGUGAGUGAGGGGGGGGUGCUGUCAGUGCCACAUUCAAAGGGAAACACAAAGUGCCGCUGACUUUCCCACCAGCAACAACAAGUCUCGGCCUCGGCAGCCCCAGGUGUCCCAGUAAGGCUAAAAGCAGAGUUAUUUCUCCAUCACACACAGCCUGGUCUGUGGAGGUGGCUAAGGCCUGGUACCGGUCGAUCCCUUUCUUUCCAGUCCGCGGUGGGAGCGCUUUUAGAAAUGUCUGACAGCGUGUCUGAGGUGCUGCACAACUUCUAUCAUCCAUCCAUCUUUAAACAGGCAUGCUGCAGCUGAGUGAGAUCGGGAAACAAACCCAACACCAUGCCGCUCCUUAGGACUGUAUAUUUUAAAGCUAUGUGCGUAAUUUGCUGCUGGAUACAUUUCCAUUGCAGAACAAAUAUGAAUUAUUAACCAAGACAGUUUUGCGCAGCCUGGAAGAGGGGACUGUAGGUGCAUUUUGCACCGUAUAAUAUUCAUGUUUGUAUUUCCAAGGGAAAUGUAGUUUAUGAAGCUCAUGUGACAUUGUUGCAGUUGAAUUGCAAGAACACUUAUGGAAAAUUGACUAUAGAACUUCAUGUUAUACUAUAAGUCACAUGAACUGCACUGCGUUUUGUUUACAUCUCUUUUGCGUAUAUUUACACUAUUGUGAUUCUCUUUUAAUUGUACUUAAAGUAUCUCAUCAUACGACCACCAUUAUGACCUACAGUAUAUAUUUUGUAUUUAAAGUUGAACCAGUUGUGAGUUGACUUUGUCUAGCAGGAAGAAGGCACCUUUAGUUCCACGCGGGGCUUAUUGAAAACUCGCGUCGUUGUUUUGAUCGUGUGGUCGACGAAAGAAAGGUGCAAGCGACACUUUAACAAUAUUCAGUUACUAUAGUAAAUGGUGCUGCUUUUUACUCUAAAACUGUUGUCCUUUACCCAGUCGUAUGUGCGCGCACACACACACACACACACACACAAACACUCAAGGACUUUUUAAACAAAGAUGUAUUAAUAUGGUGCACGUUGCCUCUACAAGGACUCUUGGUAGAUUGUGACUUUAUGGCAGAACUUGCUUUCCAACAUGCAAGGGGUCAGAGAUGUUUACAUGUCCUAGAUCACAGGCUUUGACAUUCCACCAACCGUGAAUAUGAAUCUACGAACACGUCCAGCCGCUAGCUCAGCCGCCCCACAGCACCGCGUCCACGUUUCACACCAGAGCAACAAUGUGUCCCUAACAUAUGCGCUGCAUUGCUCAUUAAGCCUCAUUUUCCAAUCUUAACAAACGCCAACAAAGGACCAAUAGAUUUAUGCUUCCUUAAAUCCCAAAAGGUUUCACAUUUUGUUGUAAUUGGAUGAGUCAUAAUGGGUUUAUGAGGAGUUAUUAUUGCUUGCGGUGUGGAUUUUAUUGACCAAUAGCUUUUCUUUUGUGAUAUUUCUUCAACAGAGCUAAAACUCUUAUCUUAUCGGAUGGCCUUACCCAAAACACCUUUGAAUGUAGAGCCCUAACUAAUGCAAAAAGAAGAAGAAAAGCUUCCCAGGAGAUAAGCAGCUGCUGAAAACUCCAACUCAAUCGGACAAACACAUUUAUUUGAUUAAACAUAAAUUCCGUAGUUUAUUUUAAGAUGAAUUAUUAUAAGGUGACACCAUGAGAGGUCAGUGAGGGCAGUGCAUUCUUUCACACUGAUUUUGUGUUUUUAGACAUGUUUGUGUAACAUUACCAAAACAAAACAUGUAACUCAGAAUAGAUGAUCUUGUUUCAAUAUAUGUAAUAAAUUAACUCCUAGUCAAAGAGCAAUUGAUGAAGAUCAAUGAUGAACAAAAAAAUGGAUAGGAAAAAUAUUAUAUUUAUACUUACUAGUCCAGAAAUAUCAAUAUGUAAACAAUAUGUCUGAAUACUUUUAUACAGAAUUCUAUAUGUAGACUGCAAGAAUUAGCACCAAUCUUCUGUGGAGUUUAGAUUUAUAUGCACCAAUAAAAAUAUUUGCUGUUGCUUGUUUUUUAAGCUUCCCCCUAAUUCACCUUCUUCUAACCAAAUGCUAGUGAAGGAGUUUGAAUGACAUUGCUUCACUGUAUAUUUACUGUCAGCAUACUAUGAAGGACUAGUAAUUGAAAAGAGAUAUUUUUUAAAAAUAUAUAUCAAGUGCAUUAUAUAAUUACAGAGACCAAUAAGAUGACAAUUCUCUUGAGUUUAAUGAUAUCUCAAAUUUUCUUAAAGAUGCAGUAUCUUCUUCCAUUAAGGGGAUUUACCUCCAGCAUUAAGACACCAUUCAUAUUGUAUUUCAGAGAAGAAGGAUCCAACUGAUUCCAUUUAAUUACCCUCGUUCGACAGGAGGCUUUUUAAUCAUCUUAUUAAGCGUUUUUCUUCUUCAUUCAAUCUGAACAAAUUACAGUGCUUAAAUGUUUUGUGUUGAUUUUGUCAAGAGGAGGCCCACUUUGCCCAUUAGUAUCACAUGUUAUGCCGUUUCUCAUUCGAAAGUUCUGCACUCUACACUCUGUUCAGUCUCUUCUUCGAUUUUGUUUUAUCAUUCUCUUCUCCAGCUCAUUUCCCCCAAAACGUAACACAUUCUGUAGUUUUUCUACAUUCAAGCUACCGACCUGCUCCCAAAUACCAUACCUCUAAUUAGGAUGACAUAAUAAUGCAUUAGGAAGUAAAUGUCUAAAAUGCUCGUGCCAUUUCAAAAGGGAACACCGUUGGUUAAUAUUGGAAGUUGCACAGUUGUUGGUGUUUAUUAAAUAGAAUCCAGCUGAGCAGAGUUAAGAGGGAUUCAAGGCUGGCUUUGCUAAACUGACACUAAACAGUAGUGCUGUCCAGCUAGAAGCAACGUGGUCAUUAACCAGAAGUAUCUGUCUGUUCGACACUUGGUGCCACUGCUUUUUUUACGUAUCAGCAUCUUCACUUAUGCUCGGGUUAGAGUACUGCUGGAGACGUGAAAGUCCCUCAGCUUGCUAAGUCCUAACCCCAGAGGAGCCAACAACAGCUUCUCCACAUUCUGACCACAGUCGAUGGGCUAAUUUUAUCCAACUGCUCUUCCGCCUGACUGAGAAGUCAUGCAAAUCAAGUCUACUUCCCACCGACUGCAUACUGUGAAUCCGUCAUGUUUACGACUCCAUGAGGUGGCGCUCGUCAUCGUCAUCCCUUCAAGCUUUUUGUAGUUUGUGUUGCGAGGAAUUUCAGUGAGGCUUGUUAAAAUGUCCAUUUUCAAUAUCCAACCCACAGGCGUGAGUUCAAUAAACAACGUGUCGGUUUGUCGGGAACGAGGUUGGUUUAGCGUAUGAAAAAUCCCCUUCUCUGCUUUAGAGCCUGACAAAAAGAAAGAAAGAAAGAAAAGGGGCCAAGUGUGUGAGAGUGAAGGGAGAAGAAUGACUAGAGGGCUGUUUAGUCACCACGUACCAGUCAGUAAGACCUCAGACGCAUUGAGAUGUCCUCGAAAAGUCACAGGGACACCAGCUGCUGCAAGUAUGUGCGUACAGUAGGGCGGUGUGUGUGUGUGUGUGUGUGAGUGAGUGAGGUGUUUAGACUUUAGGAGGACUCCAGAGCAGCACGCUAUUUUUCUGUAGCGUUGGUGUUCCCACCAUGACACGCGGGGCUUAAGAAGUUUGGCAAUUAUGUGCAUGACAAAUCCUCAGGUGCCUUACAGUUAGAUCCACAUACGACUCUGUGAAGUGAAUGUUUGGGGUUGAGACACGUGAAAGGAAUCCAACACCUCGAAGAGUGCAGGUUUGUCCGUGACACCAUUACAAAAAGGGCUGGAAACAGGGCUGGAGGUUUUUUGGGUGCAGAAAACUACUUUUACGUUCAUGUUUGACUCAUCAAACGUCCUACUGUAACAAAACGACAGCACAACACCACAGGAGGAUAUAGAACAUUUUUUGGGGGGGGGUUCGGAUCGUCUAGAGCUCGCUACGAUACACCAUGAGAGGUUUGAUUUGGGUUGUGACAGCGUGUACAGCUCCAUUUAAAAACAUCUCAGAGUGCUCCUUUAUUUCACCCAAACCAAGGUCUCCAUCUAUUUCUCCUCCUGGCUGUAACAUUGUAACCUUGUGAUGCUUUUGGCCUUCUCGGUAUCCACAGCCACAUCGAUCCGGGGGGGACUGACAAAACUUGACCCGCCCCAAAAAAGUGCAAUAGUGUUUCCAUACAACAACAGGCCCCUCCCCCUACAGCUACUUACCUCGCGGUCAGGUGUUUCAGGCCAACGCGGCGGGAGUAGUUUGUAACCCUUUGUCACGCCUGUGCACUAUGCAGCGCACGACGAGUCUACCUUGCGUUGCACUGUGUGUGUGGGGGGGGGGGGCACAAGGUGAGGUGCUACCUGUCACUUCGGGCCGAGGCGAAGUGUCUCGUGAGUUGAGAGGUCAUUUGCCGCGGUCCCUUUUGCACCAUACUUUACACUGACAUCCUUUAAUAGUUGUUCUAAAGAUAAACCUCAGAGAAGUUCGUAAAGGUGCUGAAUCAACCAAUUUCUCUCCUUGUACUUUCCCUAAAUUUGCUUUACUUUUGUCUAUUUAUUCUGACAAUCAACACACACCAAAAGCAUCAAGUACACACAUACUCACUACAACGGCAUGUCAUAUUAUAUCCUCAAGGUAAAAGCCCAGAUUUUCCCUUCUUUGCAUUUCCAUAGAAAGCUUUUCUCCCCGUUUCGGAUACAGUCGACUGCUGCUUGCUCUCUCUUCUCAUACAUGGUGUGACUUUUGGAGACAUGGAGGAGAGUUUUGCCUGUUGUCACAAGCCAAACAGACAAAACUGAUGUCAUGCAAGUAAGACUCGGCUGUGUGUCUGCUCCUCAAGCAAUAAGCCUAAUUUAGAUAUUUAGGAUGGCUUUUCCUCUUAAUAUUUAAAAUCCUAACCUAAAUCUGAGGGCUCUUACUGUAUGCUUUGUGUGCUUGUUACUGCUUAACUGUCUGACAUUUUGGUAAAAUAUGUAUAUUUGCUGUCCAGGCCGGAGUUGGGUAAGUUAGAUAAGUACUACUCUUUUUUUCCAUUAAAUUUGAAUCCAGCUGCAAAGACUGAAUACAUUGAGACGACUAAUAUGGCUCCGACCAAAGGUUAACAAAUUCCCCUGUAAGCAUCUGUAAAGCUCACUAUUUAACUUGAUUUGUCUUGUUUGUAACAUCCUUAUAUUUACAGCUAAGCUAAUGUAUCGGGGGAGUCAGACUCCGUCCGGAGGUGUCGGCUAAAUCUGCCUAAAAUAACCUCAAUAAGCAAGUUAGGUUUGUUCAAUCCAGACAAAAAUAUAAAUAUAAUGUAUUCUUAACUGAGAAAGCAAAUAAACAUAUUUACCAAAAUAAAAUAUUCUUUUGAAUAGGUGAAUGUUUUGCUUAGGUUACAUCGCAGUGGAGAUGCUUUGCAUGUAACUUUUUCUCAUACUUAAUAUCUAUAAGUUGUCUCAUGUUUCUAAGUUUGAAUUCCUCCAUUAUUUUUAUUUUUUUUACUUGUGACCUCAGGGCAAAACCCCAUAGUUGAUGUAAAUCAGUCCGCGGUGCCUCUGGAGUAGUUAUACUCUUCUACACCUCUGCACCAACUCGUCAUGGUCACAAUCCACAGGCAUCCGUUGUCCUCAUUUGCAUUUUGGGGAAAUGCUAUUGACUGUAUAACUGGGAGGAAAAAUGUCUCUGGGGCUGUGCGUUUUAUUUGUUGUUGUUUCGGCGUUUUUUGAGGAGAGAGAGAAGACGGUUCUUUUUGCCUUUAGGUGGAGAAAUGUCUUGUGCCGUGGCCGUGGGUAGAAAUAACCAAAAGGCCUCUUAUGGGUUUUGCAAUGUGACAUGAAAUAAAAAAAUGUACAGAAUACAACAUUUGUGGUUAGCUUAAAACUAAUUUGAAUUGUUAGACACAAUAACAAUGAGGAUAAAUAUAAUGCCAAAUAUUCAGUAUUUGUACAGAAAUAUACAUAUAUAAAUAUAUAAUAUAUGACUAAUUUAAAUGGAACUAUUUUCCGCUCUUGACCAUGUUUUGUUGUUUAACAUUAUUUUAUAAGAUCUUCAGAUAGCAUGCAGGAUAGUGAAAAUCAAUGUAUUAUUUAGUGUUUCAUUGCUGUUGAGUAUUACAGCAGUCUACAGAUCAGUUUGUGUUUGUAAUAAUAAUUUUAGCUGAAUAUUUCAUUUCUAGAUUGGUUUACUUACAAAUGAAUUGCAAACUUUCUUUUUUUUAAUUCAAGGUUUUGGUUGGUUUCAACAGUUUAUAUCAUUCUAUUAUUUUUCUGCUUUAUCGACGUGGCUCAGUAUAUUUUUGCCUCUUCUAAGUACUGCUAUCAACCAUCUGUAAAUAAUUGUGCAAAUUAAAUUUUUUGAAGAAAACUGCA